AUGAUGUUAUGCUCUUCGCCAGCGACGGGAGGAAUGACCGUUCGGCAAAGGGUUUCAAGUGGGAUUGGUGAGAUGGGGCUAGCUGAGGUGGGAUGGUAAUACUUUUAGAGAUUUUCAAAUUGAGAGUAAUACAAUCAUGACAUAUUGCUUUUGCCAAAAUUUAGAGGAUAUUUGCCAAAUUGGGGACUUUUUAAUUUUUGAAAUUUUUAGCUUGCCUUUUGAUAGGGCAACUGAGAUAUUGAAAAAAAAAUUUUUUUGCGAGAGAGUACAUAAAAUGAGGAGAGUCGAACAGUCAUUGCCUUAACAUGUAAGGAAAAAUAAUACAUAUACUAUUUUUGAUGACUAUUGUACUCUUCUUUUUUGAUGACUAUUGUACUCAUUUUUCUAUCGUUAAUGUUCCAAUACCGAGCCAAGACUCAUAAUAAUAAAACAUGAUGAAUUACAUCAUCAACCAUUCUUUUAUCAGCCCUUGCAAUCUGGCAACAUGUAAUAUCAGCUCAUUUGUUAUGAGAUAACCUUUUAUGGGAAUCGGCGCGGAUCGUAAAGAGUGAAAGGUUUAGCGCAAUCACUCACCGGUACCUGUCAUAUCGCUGAUCUAUGGGUGGAUUUUACGAUUUUUGAUGGAAAGUUCGAGCUUCAGCAAAGUUUUAGGGUAUUCUAACAAGUUGUAAGUGAUCCAUAAUUGGCCUUGUUUGGGCUAAUGGCUCUUAAUAGCAUGCUUUUUGAUCCAGGCUAUAGUUUAUAUCAGCAUUUUUAGGCAUUUUCGGCAGUAUCUCCUCUAAAAUCUCUUCAAAUCCCCCUUAAUCCGCCUACAGUAACCCUAAAUUCAGAGUCCUGCGAAAAGACCGUCUCAUCUGUAAGAGUAGAGUAAGAAGACUCAGCAGACUUUGAAAAAAGGUCACAAAAAAAUGAGGAGACCGCCAGACACAGGAUACGAAAAGAAAGCGCGCGCAACGCCGAAGCGGGAAAGCGACGGAAAAGCGGGAAAAGGGCGGUCCCCGCCGCGCCCCAGUCUGCGGGAACACCAAGCGCCUUCGCGUCCACACACCGAUCUUGCGGUUGCAUCCUCAUUACUCCAAGCCAUCCAUCGCUUUGGGCAAUGUUUUUCGAGGGAUUCGGCAAGGCAUGACCGGUCAGUGAAGAUUGUGUCUGGGAAGGGUAAUAUUGUGUGAAACGGCGUUUGUACGUUUGAUCUAGAGUUUUUGAAUGGUCAAGAAGUAUUUUAAGGGACCGUAGUUUGAAUUUGGGAACCAGCAAGUCAUGGUUUUGGCUAGUUUUUUAUAUUAUCCAUGGCAAAAUGAUGACAUUUCGCUUUUUGAUACUAGUGAAUUUUUGUAACUUCUGAGAGCUUACUGAAACAUUUAGAGGGAAAACAGAGAUCAUGGGAGCUUUGAAAAAUAAUUUAGUUUCACUCUAAAAGGAAAGAUUUUUCUUAGACGACACUUUUGUAUUAUCCAUGACACAGUAAUGUCUGGAUGAAAUUUUGAGGGUUACGGCUGUUGGAUUUGAUGCAAAACUGGUGCCAAUACGCUGUGUGCUUCCCCAUUCGUUGCAAAGGUCAUAAUUUUCGAUAGAUUUUUAGCAGCAUAACAUCUAGAUUACAAAAAAAUUUAAGUCUACCCCAAAAAUCAUCGCUUUCCCAUUCUCUUCGUUUUCGUUCUUGUCAAUGUAAAAUACGCCUUUUCAAGAUUAAAUCUUUAUAUAUUUGCUUUUUAAAAAAAAUUCUGCCGCCCCUAUUGGAGAUUAUGAACUAAUUCCUCGGGCGCUUCUCCCCCCAAUUCAAACGGUUUGGGCGCGAAAAUGAGGCGCUCGGCUUUGAACGGAAAGAUAUUUUUGGUGGCGUUCAUGGUCAAUGAAAAAGAUAAAACCGCAGACCCAUCAAAGCGGGACGAAUGAUUUCAAAUCGGAGAAGUUUUUGAAUUUUUUUUGAGUUUGAAUAUACACUGCUAUAUUAUACUUGAUAUUUAAAUUUGAUGACUUUGAUUCUUUUAGCAAAAAUUUUGCAAUUUCACAGCAAAAUUACCUGUACAGAGGAUCUCAAAAAUCCCGAUUAAGCCUCUCUCGACCUUUGUCAUGGCCAUUUUUGGCCUCAGAUUACGGUAGCUCCAUUAAUAAUAGGUAUGGCAUUCCAUCUUCGGCAAGACAAAAACGGCGCCUUUCUCUCUUCUUCUGAUUGAAUGAUUUGUGUCCGAAACGACCUCGAGAUGAACACAUGUUCGCAUCAGAACAUGACAAGGCGCCGAAACUGUAGAAAAGAGAACUUUUUUCGAGAAUUCGCGCCCGUUUUUCGAAAAGGGCGACCAUUUUCCAUGGAUGGCCAGUUGUUGGCGCCAUUUUUUGGGACUCUCUGGUUUGUGGGGCGGUUGUAAUGGAUAAAAGUGAGGUGUGAGAGUAAAAUAUUAACUGGAGGUUCUAUUUACAAUUGAUUUAGUGUAAGUCUGAAUUAUUUUUAACAUUAAAUUUUGAUUGUGUUAUAUAGAUAAAAUUUGAUGUUGAUGAUUUCUGUUGACAAAAGAUGACAGAAUUGUUAUUAAUAAUAGAAGUUUUAGGCUCUAUCAGACAUUAUGCAAUGAAAAUUACAUUUAGUUAGGCUUAUCUUUGCAACUUUAUUUCCUCAUGAUGACUAAUGUCAAGUGUAAUAUCAAAAACCCUCAAAUCUUUAUCUAAACUCAAGCCUUUCGACAUAAAUCUACUGCAGAUGAUACUAGACUUUUCGGACAUCAUUUUCCGCACGAAACUCCCGGCCUACCAAUCGCAUAUGUCCAUCAUGUACUGUAUCAACUCAAUCCUGUCAAAAAUCCCUCAUUUUUUGGCGCUCUUCCCUCUUAUUUGCGCACUCCAUUCAUCUCUCGGUUGACUCUCGACCUGUUCUCGACUGUGGCCAAACAAAAAAAAAACGCGCGCCAAUUUUUCGCCCAGUCUCCGCCCAGAAUUUGCUUGCCUAAUCUUUUCGGCGAACCAUUUAUAAUUUAUGUCGAGAGCGAAAUCCCGCGUCGCGCGAGAAUGGCGCAGAUGCGCUUGAUCAGUGGCCAGUGUCCAGCCGUUUUCGUAUUCAGUCUCAUUUCGUUGAUUUGCGCGGCUCUGUGCGCGGUUUCGGCGAAGCUCAUGACCUAGUAUAAUAUAAUUGUGUUCUAUUGCAGUGCCAAGCCACCUUCGAUCCCGUUGACAUCAUGAAGAGUGUAUCGGAACUCAAUCAGACCAGUGAAUCGUGCGCCUCGUUCUUAUGUAAGUUGUAAUGGUUGUUUUGGGGUAUUUGACGAAGUGUCAAAGAAAAAAUCGAUAAAAUUUUGACACUUCGCGAAUUUGUAAAAAAAAUUAUUUACAAUUACAAUUUUUCCAAAAACUGUUUUGGAUGUUCAAAUUGUAUAUUAGUACUCUUUUUUUCUGGUAAAAGUCGAAUAUCUUAAAAUAUUUUUUGAUUUUCCGAUAUUACUUUAGUUUUGAUCAAGUGUAAUAUAAAUUUGAUGUAAACCCGAAACAUUUUUACCUUUUUUAUUUCGAAAAUAGCCUUGUUAUCAGAUAUAAGUGCUGUUUGCACCGAAAAUUCUAUGAAAACAUAAUUUUCCGACAUUUUUUUGUUAUCCUUGCCCCACAAAUACCCGCUGUUUUAAUUUCGAUAUUUCACUGUUGAAAUACUACUCGAUCUCAAUCUAACUCUCUCAAUUUUUCAGCCAUGUCUUCAAAUUUGUCGCAAAAGUCGCAGAACCCCAGCGAAGACAGUGACGACGAAGCCACGACCUCUCAAACUCCGGCGUCCAGAAAAGAGAAGUCGCUGGGGAAAUUGUGUCGCCGCUUUCUGAUCGCGAUGGGCCAAGCCUUGGCCAACGUCAAGGAGAGAAAAUGUCAUGGCGGGAGAUUGCCGUGCGAAUGCCGGGGUGAUUGCGCGACAGUGAAGAACUGCAAAUGCCGAGAAAUUCAUUUGGAAACAGUGGCCAAGGAGAUGAAGACGGAGAAGCGACGGAUCUACGACAUUGUGAAUGUGAUGGAAGCGCUGGAUGCGAUGAGCAAGGGGAACAAGAGCUAUUAUCAGUGGAAUACGCUGUCAAAAUUGCCUAUCAUUAUGGCCAAAUUGGAGGUGAAUUUUUUGGUCAAGUAUAAGAUAAAAAUUUGUCAAAAAUCCUUGAAAAUCACCUAAAGUAUCUUAGAUAUGACAGUCUACAGUCUUUCACUUUUCUUGGCAUGCCAAAAAUCGCUCUGAUUAUCAAAUAUUUUGAUCAUGAAUAAUCUAAUUUCUUACAGGAAGAAGCCCGUGAUGAAGGUCUCAAAAAACGUGUAGCUGAUGUUCAGGAUGCAAUGGGAAAGCUGCAUGAGAUCGGGCUUUCGGGUUCGGCACCUCCACAGGUCGAGGAAGUCAAGGAAUCGCCGGUGGAUUCGCCGAAUGACAAACUUGGGUCCUUUUUGAAGGAAAAGGGAAACAAAAACUCGUUGGCAUUGUUGUGCUCCCGAUUUCUGAUGGUCAUCUUGAGUGAUCCGGUGAGUUUUUGGACUUUGGAGACUUUCAGAAGAAAUAGGUUGUUUGAAAUGGAAUUUUGUGUUAAAUUAAUAUAAAUUUUCUGAUGUGUAAUAUAAAAAUUGAUCUCAAAGUUGCUGAUUUUGGUCUUAAAAUGACUCCGAGGAUCUGAAACUUUAUUUCCGAUACAAAUUUGGUACCAAUAAUCUCCCACUAUAAUUUUUUUGAGCCAUUUUAUAUUCCUCAUCAAGUGUAAUAUCCGAAUUCUCCGAUGAAUGCUUUUAACCUUCAAAAAACUUGUCGUAACUUAUUUUACGCCCAUAAAAUGGGCUUUAACGACAUUUCAUCGCUAAUGUCAAUUAUAUUUGAUUCGAGGAAGUUAUUUUCGAGAGCAAAGAUUGCGCGCCAAAACUUAUUCUGCAAUCGCACUAUGGCAAGUGGUCCAUCAAUCGUAAAACGCAUUAAACUGAAGGUUAUUCGGAGAAAAUCGAUGCGAAAAGUUUCUGGACGACAUAAAUGUCAUGUUUUUGAGUUCUAAUUGAUUUACAGUAGGUAGUGGGGAUGUGAUGGACAAGGAGAAUAUAAGUGAACUAUGAGUAGGCGUUGAUUUCUAAGGGUUUUCUAGAGUGUUUACAAGAUUUUAGAGACAGUAAUUUGGUAGUUAGAAGGUUUAUUUAUUAAAUUUCGACCAAUUUUUAUAUUAUUCAUGGCAAAAAAAUUUGGAAAAUUUCAUUUUUUCUUUUCAGAAAGACAGAAAAGUCAGUCUGGAUGUUGCAUCAACUGUUUUGAUCAAAGAAACAGAACGAGAAGGGUUCGAUCCACCAAGUCGCAGCAGAUGUCGUCGACUUUAUGACAUUGCCAAUGUCCUCGUGGCUCUCGGACUGGUCAAAAAAGCUCACUACAUGUUUGGAACCAAGAAAAUCCCAAUGUUUCAGUACUGCGGACCAGAACCUAAGGGUAUGAAAUGUCUUUUGACUAACAAUUUGACAGUUAAAUCUUAUUAUUUUUUUUAUUUUUUGACUAAUUUACAUUACUUUAGCCACUCCCGAAGAGGCCGAUAAAAGCAUGAGAGAUUUUGUCAAAGCUUCAAACUUGGCCAUCCCAUACGACGACACUUGGAUGGCGAUCUUCGGAACUGGCAUCCGCCCGUCAAGCACCCCGCUCUUACCCCCGUUGAACUUCAAAUUCGCGGCCAUUAAACCGCAGACCGAACGCAGGGUCUUCGGCGAACUUCCGAUCACUGGCCACCCUCAUAUGGUGAAACAGGAACCCAGUUAUGGAUGUUAUGAAGAAGAAGACAAGGAGAACAACCCACCAAUGAUAAAGAUGGAGAGGCUAGAAGUGGAAAAUGAUGAGAAUUCGUGUGAAAACGGAUUGCCUAGACCCAAGCCUAGUGUAAGAUAAAUUUGGUCGUUUUUUUUGGGAAAUAUUGAAAAUUUUGGGUUGCUUAUUAGAUAAAAAGAGAAUACAAAGAGUGUAAAGGAGUUGAGAAAAAUUUUAAAUGUCAGGAUGACGGAUUUUCUGGAUUUUUUUGGAAGUGAAAUUUUGCAUUUUUUUGCUGUUUUUUGGUAUUUUUGAAAAAAAAGUUACAUGAAAACUAAGUAAAGGUAUAAAAUACAACUCAGAAAUUAAUUGUAAGUUAGAAUUUGCUCCAUUUUCAAGUGGAAUAUACCAGUUUAAGAGAUUUUUAGAUUUUUUUUUUUGAUUUUUUCUCAUGAACAAUAUUUUUAGGCCUCCGCCAACGAAAAUGAGCCCCCAGCGAAACGAUUUUGCCCUUCAGCGGGCCUCUCAACCCUCCAGCCCGCCCCUGCUUACCCCUCUCUCCUUCCCACGGUCAAUAAUCUGGCCUGGUUUCAAUUCGCCCUGCUCCAGCAAAGAGCGAUGUUUCCGCAACCCCAUCCCGUCCAAAUGCCCGGAACCAGCUCGCCGAAAGCGUUCAAACCCCCAGCCAAGCUGUAUUCGAACCCUUUGGGACCAAAGACUAACUUGUUCAAGAGUAAUCAAUUCUAA